CCCCGGCCCCGGCCCCGGCCCCGGCCCCGGUCCCGCCUCCGCGGAGCGGCGCGGCGCGGCCAGAGGCGCGGAGCGGCGCGGAGCCCGGAGGAGCCGCGGAGAUGCUGAGCUCGCCCUGGGCGCGCUUCUACUCCAACAGCUGCUGCCUCUGCUGCCAUGUCCGCACCGGCACCAUCAUCCUCGGCAUCUGGUACCUGAUUAUCAACUCGGUGGUAUUGUUGAUUCUGCUGAGCGCCCUGACUGAUCCUGACCAGUACCACCUAACCAGUGCUGAGUUAGGGGGUGAAUUUGAAUUUAUGGAUGAUGCCAAUAUGUGCAUUGCCACAGCAAUUUCUCUUCUUAUGAUUCUGAUCUGUGCAAUGGCUACAUAUGGCGCAUAUAAGCAACAUGCAGCUUGGAUCAUCCCUUUCUUCUGUUACCAGAUCUUUGACUUUGCUCUCAACACGUUGGUUGCCAUCAGUGUACUCGUCUAUCCCAGCACAAUUCAGGACUACCUCCGCCAGCUGCCCACCAAUUUUCCCUACAAGGAAGAGAUUAUGUCUGUGAACCCUACAUGUCUGGUUGUGAUUAUCCUCCUCUUCAUAAGUAUCAUUUUGGCUUUUAAGGGUUACUUGAUAAGCUGUGUGUGGAACUGUUACCGAUACAUUAACAGCAGAAACAACUCGGAUGUGUUGGUGUACAUUACCACCAAUGACACUGCGGUCCUGUUGCCACCGUAUGAUGAUCCUGUGAAUGGAGCUACUAAAGAUCCACCACCACCUUAUGUGUCAGCAUAAGUGAGAGAGUGCUGUGUACCUAGGGAGGAUAGCUUUACUUUUCUGACAUUGGAGCAAUAGUUUGAUAAUUUCACUUCCAGGAUAUAACCUCUAUGGGUUACACUUUGCUGUUUUGCUGACAUAUUGAAACUAAAUUGUAUGAUUAAAAUUCUGUAGAUAGUUUUAAUAAUUUGCUGCAACUACAGUAGUGUUUCAGAAACUAGUGAACUAGUUUCAGAACAAUUCUGGGUAGCGCUAAGGUUACAGUAGUCACUGAAUAGAUUUUCCCACCAUGUCUGACAUGCAGUGAUAGAGAACAUAGAACUUUGCAUUCUCAAUCAGGUUCAGAGUGUGAUUUUCUUUUUUUUAUUUGUAAAACUUCCAAAGCAUUACAAAUGUGUUUGUCAGAUGCCCACUUUCACCUUCAGAAUACAGACCAAGUCCAAAAAAGUGACAUUUCACUUCAUUCCUGUUCUGCAAGAAUUUAUUAAGUUGUUAUGCUAUGAAGGAUUAUGAUUGCAAGAAGAAUGAGUCUUACACACCAUUCUCAUCAACCUGGCUAAUGGGAAACAAACUUAAUCAGGAAGAAUAAGUGUGGAGAAUGAGAGUAGACAAAGCACUCUGUGAUGUGUAACAAGCCAGAACCUGCAGUCUACAUGGACUCACUUCGUCCCAGCCCGCAACCAUUCUAACGCUCAAAAAAAAGAGUUCUUACCAACUUCUGGUAAUUUUCUUUUCCUGCCUACACACCUUUUUCCUCCCCACCAACUUCACAGAUAGUAUUUUGAGGUCACAAAAUCCCUGCUUUUAAAGUCCCAUGGUUACAUGACAAAGCUGCGUCUUUCGCACUCAAUGUGCAAAUAUUUUCCCAUUGGAAUGUGCCUGUAAAUAUUGCAAUGUUCUGCUGAGUGCGAACUAAAUUAUGCAGAUUCUAAGAUAUAUGUUCCCAACCUAUGGGAAACUUAUGCAUGUAACUUGCUCGAGCAUUAGCAGAUAUGUUUUGCAUGUUUCUCGUAUACAUCAACGUGGGGAUUUUAGAUUCCUUUUAUGACUGAACUGGUUGUGCUGAGAAUCUUUCUCAUGGGACUCAUCCAUCCAUGAAUGCUUGUCUGAGGUAUUUAUUUCUUCCCCAGAGAAGUGCCUCCUGCACAUGUAACUUUUUGUUGUUGAUGAAGGUUCUACUUUUAAUUGAAAAGGAACAGGAAAAGGGAAUAUAAUGUGUGUCUCUACCUCUCACCGUUUCCCCCUGUAUUGUCUCCUCUGCAUUUGGUGUGAUUGAACAGGCUGAAGCUAGACUGAUGCCAUUGCACACCACCCGAGGUAAAGGGCAGUGCAGAGCUGAGGCACAGUUUUGGAGGGGCACCAGAAGAAACCAAGGUGCCAUCUCUCCUGUGACUGGGCUGGCACGUGAGUCCACGCUCUUGCUAAGGAGGACACCCUUUCUCACCCUCAGUGCAUUGACUCCAUUCUGCAGACUGAAGAAGAGUGGAGCUUUUCCUGCCUUUUUCUGGAAAAGGGCUUUCCAGGGAAGCACAGGACCAACAACUUGUUUUCAUGGAGAUUGCCACUGUGACCUGUCCUUGUAGAGGCCAGGGAAGGAAGGGCCAGACUCGUUUUGCCUGUCUCUAACACACCCCUGGGGAAAGGCAGGUCCCCAUCUUCUUGUUGGAAUUUUACUUUAGGGUUCAUCUACUCUGAGAUCAAACUAAGCAAUGCUUCUGACCGAACCAAUCCUGAGGUCCAUCCAUCAAUCUCUGUCACAGUCCUAUUGCUUCCUUCAGAAUAACUCCAUGUAUUAUUAUCUCAUUACAGUUAUCUUCAGGAAUUAACCUGAAUUUGGGGGUUGGGCUGGCUGGCUGGGCUUCUGAGCUUCAUUUUCUUUCAUUCUUGACAGAUUUGUGAAGGAUUUUAAACAGUCAUCUGUUUGAGAAAGCUGGUUGUAAAUACAUUGCAUCUGUGUAUACAAACUUCUCUAUAAUAAAAGGGUGUUUCCUCAA